AUGGCUGAGAAGCUAGCGUCCUUCGGUAAGAUGCUGCUCCGGCGACGGGCGCUGGACUGUAACCAGGAAGAGAGCCACUUUGCCCGCUGCCUGACCACGCUGGACCUUAUUGCCCUGGGGGUGGGCGCCACUCUGGGGGCUGGCGUCUAUGUGCUGGCUGGAGAGGUGGCCAGGGAGAAGGCCGGCCCAGCCAUCGUGCUCUGCUUCCUCAUCGCAGCGCUCUCCUCCGUCCUUGCUGGUCUGUGUUAUGCUGAGUUUGGUGCCCGUGUGCCCAAGACUGGUUCAGCCUACAUAUACAGCUAUGUGACUGUGGGGGAAAUCUGGGCCUUCGUCACUGGCUGGAACCUCAUCCUCUCCUAUGUCAUAGGUGAGUCAGAAGUGGGUUAGUAAAAAUGAAGGAUUUGAAAUUAAGAAGCAAAGUGAUUCAAAAAUGGGCAGGAAAUGUUUAAUCUAUUUUUGUGUAAAAUUGCAAGAAACACGUUUAAAGGUAAAAGCAGGAUAUGAGGUGCAAGGAUAACAUAAAUGUAUGUGACUGCACACAACUCCAAGCUGCUUAAACAGCAGUGAUAUUUUCUGCUAUACCUAGCCAGUCACUUGAGAUAAUCAGCAAUUCUGAGUAGCUUAAUAAUUAGACUGAAUGAAUAAGAUUCUGACGAGGACGUGAGCUGAAGAGGUUUUACAGGCAGAUCAAGUGCCUGGUCCUUCAGAAGGAUUGCCUUGUGACAGAAGGGCCCUUGAAAGUAUGACUCCAACCUCUCUCAUUGUAAGUCUCUUCCUCUCUCUCUCUUUCUCUUCUUCUCCCUCUCUUUCAGGCACAGCCAGUGUUGCUCGGGCCUGGAGCUCCACCUUUGACAACCUGGUUGAACAGAAGAUCUCAGACUUCUUCAGAGCCUCCAUGUCCAUCAAGGUCCCUGGGAAGAUUCUUGCUGAAUACCCAGACCUCUUUGCCUUCAUCCUGAUCUUGCUGCUCAGUGGUAAGGCUCUCAUCUCAUUAACAUAACUCUGAACACAUUUGAAAACAUUAUACACACCCUCAGCGAAACUACAGCUACUAAAGAGGGUUCUCUAUGGCUGCCUCUUCAUUGCUGCCCUAGAGCAUGGGCAGAGUGCCCAUUCAGUGCAGCAUUGUGAUUGGCGGUGCUUGGUCGCUGCCCACGUCUGUGGCUCUGACACUUUGCUAACACCCACACAGGCCUGCUGGCGUUUGGCGUGAGCGAGUCGGCCCUGGUGAACAAGAUCUUCACGGGGGUCAACCUGGUGGUGCUGGGCUUCGUCAUCAUCUCAGGCCUGGUGAAGGGAGACUGUGCCAACUGGAGCCUUACUGUGGAGGACUUCGUCAACACAACCAACAUCACUGAUCCAGAGUGAGUCACCAACAGACAGAUGGGCUGGGGAGCUCAGAAGGAAUACUUUAUAAGGCAGCAAUGGUGUUUUAUGUUUUAAAAUAAGCCCUAUGCAGUAAUUGAGAGGGUACGAAAGUCUGUUUGCAACAAUAGAUCAAAGCUUUUACAGACAUCAGCCAUCAGAGGUACCAGUUCUCUUCUUGAAGACUAAAUAUGAAACGAUUACUCUUUCUCUUGGGCAUUUUUCGGUAUUUUGCAGGCUACUGCAAAACCAGUCCCCUGCUCUCUUUCUUUCUCCAGGAUCAUUAAAGAGAAGUUUGGCACCGGGGGUUUUGCUCCAUUCGGCUUCAGUGGAGUCCUGUCUGGGGCAGCAACCUGCUUCUACGCCUUUGUGGGGUUCGACUGCAUCGCAACAACAAGUAGGCCAUUUUCUCUUCUCUUGACACCAGUGUAUGUUUUCUGUGGUUGACGACUGUCAAAUUUAAACCAUCUCUAUCUAUCUUCACAGGCGAAGAGGCCAAGAACCCUAUGCGUUCCAUCCCCAUCGGUAUCGUGGCCUCUCUGCUCAUCUGUUUCUUCGCAUACUUCGGGGUGUCUGCGGCCCUCACCCUCAUGAUGCCCUAUUACCUGCUAAACAGAGAGAGCCCGCUGCCAGAGGCCUUCAGCUAUGUGCACUGGGACCCUGCCCGCUACAUCGUGGCUGUGGGCUCCCUCUGUGCCCUGUCCACCAGGUGACUGGCACAGACAGUUUCCCAUAGAGACUUCUCAUGGCCUUGUGUGCACGUCUAGCAAACGUAGAAAGGCACCCAGAUGGCAGGAUAUUUUUUUGUUUGAUAUUUAUUUUUGGGUCUGAACAGAUGUUUCAUUUCAUGUACGAUUCUUUCAGUUCCUUUUUUGUUGUUUGUUGUUAUUUGCCUGCAACCAAUUAUGAUGUGGAAUAUAUGAACCAAACUUUUUUGUUUCUUGUGUUAAAUGUUGAUGGCCAGUCAGUGUUUGUGGACUGUCCAGAGACAUGGCUGACCUCUGUGUGACGGUGAUGCCUGUGUCUGAGUCCCCUCUCUCUUUUCUCUGUCUAGUUUACUGGGCUCAAUGUUCCCCAUGCCCCGUGUAAUCUAUGCAAUGGCUGAGGACGGCCUGCUCUUCCGCUUCCUGUCAAAGAUGAACAUCAAAACCAAGACCCCCCUGUUAGCCACCAUCGUGUCGGGUAUUGUAGCAGGUAAGCAUAGCCCUUGCUUAACUCAGUAUCUCCUUCGUGCACCAACGCUUAGUUUUCUGUCAACUGUUUAGCAGCUACUCUAUGCUGCUUAGAAUUGAAAUGGAUUCUUUCUCUCUGCAGCCCUGAUGGCGUUCCUGUUUGAUCUGGCAGCCCUGGUGGACCUGAUGUCGAUAGGAACUCUCCUGGCAUAUACACUAGUGGCUGCGUGUGUGCUUAUCCUCAGGUUAGGGCAGAGGAUAUUGGCUAAAAAGAGUCAUGUUUUCAGUCAACGUAGGGUUGACUGUUUAUGUGUAUUUUUCUCAGGUACCAGCCGGGCACCCUGGGCGUCAGCGGUGCUAGUGAGAAGCUGGUGGAGCUGGUGGGUCUGCAGAGGGCAACCAUGGCAGACGGGGACAGUGGGGAUGAGUUUGGCCAGGAGGGUGAGGGGGAGACCAGGCCCCUCAGGGAGAGGUUCACCCUCAAGAUGCUGCUGGUGCCCAGCUGUGACGUCCCCACCAAGACCUCCGGAUUCAUAGUGUACAUCACUUCCGCUGUCAUUUGUGAGUCUCCCUCUUUUGUCAGGGUGAAGUGUUGAUGGUGUUUAAAGCUGCUUUGGGUUUACCAGAAUAGCUACACAUAUUUAAGUGAGCCUUUCUUGAUACGUUUGGCAUACUGGUUACAAAUGGAAGCAGCUGUCUGAUAAUACAAAUGAGAGAAUGCAUUGAAAUGAUUUAUUACCAAGAACUGUAAAGUACACUUAAGAUUCCACUAUACAUGCUAAAGUUCACAAUCUCUCUUUUCUCUGUAGCUGUGGUGUUCACGUUGCUGUGCGUAGUGCUGGCUGUGUGGGGGGCAGAGGUGGUGAGUGGCCACCCCGUGUGGGCCACCAUAUGUGCGAUACUGGCCUUCCUCUCUUUCCUGUGUGUGGCCAUCAUCUGGAGACAGCCCCCGAGCAGACAGGCACUCACCUUUAAGGUAUGAUGGGAGUUGUCAAUCACAUGACUCAUUUCAUGUUUGUUGUUUCAUUCAUCCUGAGAAACCAUUUCCUAUUUACUGUAGGUUUCCGUAUUCUCCUAGAAACCACUGUCUGUCUGUAUUUGUUUCAUUGAAUCAUCAGCUCUUAGCUUAAAAAAAUGAAAUAAACAUUGUUGUACUUGUUAGACUUGAUUAUGUCCAGUGUGUGCUAAUUGUGGUUCAUGUAGAAAAUAAACAAACUUUUUUGAAUCCCCUCAGGUACCCCUACUCCCAGUGCUGCCAUUGGUCAGUAUCUUUGUCAACAUUUACCUCAUGAUGCAGCUGGAUGGGCCAACGUGGUGUCGCUUUGCAGUGUGGAUGGCUAUUGGUUAGUGAGAUCCCCACCCCCUAUUAUUGCUUUGCCUCUUGGUCUUGUGUCGAUCUGUAUUUUUACUCAACUUUGUGUUACGCAAGUACAGUGUGUCAGUGAGGUUCACCUUUGACCUGCUGUAGUUUAUCACUGUUUAAAUCAGUUUUUCUUCCUUCUCUUUCUCCUAGGUUUUCUCAUCUACUUUGGUUAUGGGAUUAAGAACAGUUCAGAGGCCACACCCAACCGCGGUAAAUUUGAGCCAGUCCUCCGAUCAAAGAGUCCCAUCUAUCUGGCAGAGGAUGACAGUGAGGUGGAAGGGAUGACACCUUAGAGGAGAAUAGUGGUGGAAUAGAUGGUGUACGCCCCAACGGCAUACCAUGCAAGACGAACAGGUGCACAUUCUCAUCGCGUUCAUUUUCAACUGUCUGGGCAUUGUGCUACAUCCGACUGUCUUAACUUCUCCUCUCUGUUAUUCGGUCAUUCCUAUAAUGUAGAGAGGACCUCGCAUGCUAAAUAGAUUUUGGAUGUAUGUGCACUGAGAUA